CCCCCCCCCAAAAAAAAAUGGCUACAAGCAUUCUUAAGAGCAUACAAGCCUUAUAUCAACCCAGUGGCUGGUGAAGAAUAUUGGCCAGUGACAAACCAUCAGCCUAUUAAAACCCUCAAAUAUCACAAGCAAGCUAGGAGACCAUGGAUGCUCAGAUGUAGGGAGCCAGAUGAGGUUCGACCUCCAAAUCCAAACAAACUUCGGAGAUGCUUCAUCAACAUCAACUGCAGCAAGUGUGGCCAAGAAGGCCAUAAUGCUACUACUUGUGAAAGGAAGAAGCAAGGAAAAAGUGCUCAGGUGAAUGGAGAAGGUGAUCCAAGAGGGCAAACUUCAGCAAAUCCAGGCCAACAACAGUUACAGACAAAUGGAGGAAAUAGGACAAGUGAAACCGAACAGCAAAUCAAGCACACUCUGUACCAAGAGGAAUACAAUCUGCAAGAAAUAUAUAUGUCUGAAUCCAAUACACAAGUCUCAAACCCAAGUUCUUCUUCUACAAGAGCAAGCACAAUGAAAACCAACACCUAGUCGUAUGCCAAGAAGAAUAACAUAUGGAAACCAUAAAGCACUUAGGUUUAAUUGGUCUUGGUACCAUGCAAAGUUUAUUUUACAAACAGAUAAAAAUUGGGAUUAUGUCGUGAAGUGUUGUAGCUUUGUGGCCUUGGUACAAGUUGUAGACUUGGUCACGUUUCGAACCAAUUUUGUGAACUCAUUUUGGCUACUUUUGUUUUGUAUAUCAAUCUCCAGAUAAUGUCUUUUGUCAA